AUGUCGUUCCUCUUCGGAAAGGCAGACUCUCCCUCCAAGUCGGAGUCGAAUAUGGCGACGGCACAGCACACCCGGAUUCGCACGCCCGAGGAGGCAGUGGCGCACAUCGCAUACCUCGCCAGCGAUGUCGUUGUUUCCGUCCAACCCUCGCACGCCCGAGACUCGGCCUUCUCGUCCCACCUCAAAAGAUAUGCUGCCGCAAAACGACCUAGCUUGGUCUCGAAGGGUGAGGACCGGAUACCUGAGAUACAAACGAUCAGACACAACACCGACCCCCUUCUCUCCGUAUUCUCCCCAAUUCGACACGGCCGCUUGACCUCCGUGACUGCCACUUCCGCCGUCCUUCUCCCAUCUAUAGCGCACCUAUACAAACUAGCAAAUUACCCAGUCGUCAUCCACGUCUCCCUGACUCCCGCCCCAUUCCCCGACUACUCUGCCAUAACCGCGAUCAGGAACUCGGGAUGGACUUUUAUACAAUCCGAGUCGCUCCAGGAAGCCCACGAUAUAGCCAUCACGGCGCAUGCUCUAGCUAUUCAGUCCGGAAAGGGCGUCAUCCACUUCUUCGACCCGACCUCGUCCUCACGCGACAAGCCCAUCGUCGCCGAGGAGGCUGAAUUAUUUCGCGAGUUGGUCAAUAUCGACGACGUCCGCCGAUUCCAGGCUAGCUCAGUAUCAGAGUCGGGUAUAUAUGCCGAUGACGGCAGAGUCGUUGUCGCUUCAGAGCAACCGGAAAGGCGCCCAAGUCAUGCUGCGAACGGCUUGGCAGACUCUGCUAUUCUCAGUGCGGCCUCGAAGGCAGCCUCCUCGGAGGGCUCAGAUAAGUCCAGUCAGCGGAGCAAUUCGAGCGCUCCACCUAGCGUCUCGUCGGCGACAACGAUUGAAACCUCGCCAUCUCUCGUGAGCUCCGAAGAUAUCUACAAAUAUGCUCUUGCCAUCUGGGCCGAACUCCGGGCCUCGACUGGCCGCAGUUACCAUGCUUUCGAAUGGUCCGGCCCGGCGACGGCAGAAAAGGCAAUCUUCAUAUUUGGUUCCGACGCAGGCCUGUUUGGUGAGGCGCUGGAUGAGGCCAAGCCAACCGAUAUAUACGCCAAGGCUGGCAUGAUUACGGCGAGAUUAUAUCGGCCGUGGCUCGGAUCUAAACUUCUCGACGUCAUCCCCAAAUCUGUGAAGCGCAUCGCCGUUCUGGAGCAGAUUUCGCGCAAGACGACGAGAUGGGGCCCUCUAUUGAUCGAUGUCCUGACCACAGUGAAGACCGGCCUUGGGGGCGUGGAGAUCGUGGUCGGCCAUCAGUUGGGCUACAUCGCUCCCGACACCAUCCACCAAGCUUUGAGGGGCAUUUUUCAGAACCUAGCAUCCGAGAAGCCUGUUCAAAAUCUCGAGGUCGGGAAGACGAGCAGACCGCAAAUUGACAAAAAUUACGGCUUGGAGCAGCCAAAGCUGGAGACGGCAUAUACGAAGAUUCUUGAUCAGCUGUUCGGCAACCGAGUCUAUAUAGCGAACGCGCUCGAUUCCAACAAUGCUGGUAUUUCGUCCACGGUAGCGGCGAGCCCCGAAUUCGGAUUUGGUUCCCUCCUCGCACGAAAAGAAAGCCGCCAAAGGUUCAUCGGGCGGGUCAAGCAAGCUGCUGCCACUGGAUCCUUCAUCACCGAACCCCCUGUCAACUGGCUUGCAAAGUGGGCAGCGAGCGCCGAGGACGCGAAAAAGGCUGGCGAGAUUGCGGAUGAUGUUAUCUCACGGCUCGAGACUGAUGGAUCUUCGAUUGCGCGGGAACUCCUAUCUAACAAGGGCCUGUUCAGAAAAGAAUCGUUGUGGCUCGUAGGAUCUGACGCGUGGUCAUACGAUCUCGGAAAUUCCGGCGUGCACCACGUCUUGGCCUCUGGGGAGAAUGUGAACUUGCUCAUCAUCGACUCGACGCCAUAUUCUGACCGAGCAGCUGCAGACGCGGCCCGACGAAAGAAGGAUAUAGGCUUAUAUGCCAUGAGCUUUGGCAACGCUUAUGUUGCUUCUACCGCCGUGUACAGUUCGUACACUCAGGUCCUGCAGGCUAUGCUCGAGGCCGACCAAUUCAACGGCCCUUCCAUUGUGCUCGCAUAUCUACCUUACUUCAGCGAGCACGACUCUCCCCUUGCCGUUCUACAAGAGACGAAGAAGGCUGUAGACCUCGGCUACUGGCCGCUCUAUCGGUGGAACCCCGAGAACGAGAACAAGGGGGAACCGAACUUCUCCUUAGACUCCGAGCGGGUCAAAAACGAACUCAAGGAAUUCCUGGCAAGAGACAACAAACUAACCCAGCUAAUGCGGCGAGAACCGGUGUUUGCUGCGAAUCUAUCACAAGAUUUUGGGACGGAGGUGCGCGCCCAGCAGAAACGGAAGGCUCGAGACGCGUACGAUCAACUCUUGGAGGGUCUCUUCGGCGCUCCUCUCACAAUCUUAUUUGCUUCUGACAACGGCAAUGCCCAGUCGGUAGCGAAGCGGCUCGGAAAUAGAGGUCGUGCUAGAGGCCUCAAGACGAUUGUGAUGGCCAUGGAAGACUACCCCGUCGAAGACCUCCCGAAGGAGGAGAAUAUCGUUUUCAUCACCUCAACCGCCGGCCAGGGAGAAUUUCCCCAAAACGGAAAACCUUUCUGGGACGCUGUCAAGGACAACACCGACCUUGACCUCGCGUCUGUCAACUACUCGGUUUUCGGCCUCGGCGACAAGCACUACUGGCCACGGAAAGAGGAUAGGGUUUACUACAACAAACCCGCCAAGGAUCUCGACCGACUACUGGCGAAUUUCGGCGGAAAGCAGCUGUCAGAAAUAGGGCUAGGGGACGACCAGGACCCCGAUGGGUAUCAGACUGGGUACUCGGCCUGGGAGCCUAAGAUCUGGCAGGCACUUGGUGUUGCCAAUGUUGAGGGUCUCCCGGAGGAGCCACCGCCACUCACGAACGAGGAUAUCAAGCUGGCGUCAAACUACCUCCGAGGCACCAUCGUCGAAGGUCUAAACGAUACUUCCACUGGCGCUAUCUCUGCGGCCGACUCGCAGCUUACGAAGUUCCACGGAACAUACAUGCAAGAUGACCGAGAUGUUCGCGACGAGCGCAAGGCGCAGGGUCUGGAGCCAGCGUACUCGUUCAUGAUUCGCUGCAGGUUGCCGGGCGGUGUCGCCACACCAAAACAAUGGAUUCAGAUGGACGAUAUUAGCACAAGCCUCGGCAACGAAACCAUGAAGCUCACUACCCGGCAGACCUUCCAGUUCCACGGUGUGAUCAAGGGGAAGCUCAAGCCAGCUAUGCAAGCUAUCAACCGAGCUCUCCUGACUACCAUAGCGGCCUGCGGUGAUGUUAACAGAAAUGUCAUGUGCAGUUCGCUUCCCGCUCAAUCUCGGUUCCACGACCAGGUAUGGGCUUCCUCUAAGAGGAUUAGCGACCACCUUCUCCCGUCCACCACCGCCUACCACGAAAUUUGGCUCACGGACGACAACAACGAGAAGACGCAGGUCGCCGGUAACGCCGUGCAGGAUUUCGAGCCUCUAUACGGACCGACCUAUCUCCCUCGAAAAUUCAAGAUCACGAUAGCUGUCCCGCCUCACAACGACACGGAUGUUUAUGCUCACGAUAUCGGCCUAAUCGCGAUAAAGGGCGACGAUGGACAACUGGUCGGCUUCAACCUCCUCGCGGGAGGAGGCAUGGGUGCGACGCAUAACAACAAGAAGACGUAUCCUCAGACCGGUCGCAUGAUGGGUUUCGUCACGUUGGACGAAGUUCAUAUUGCGUGCGAGAAGAUUAUGCUUGUUCAACGGGAUAACGGCGAUCGCAAGAAUCGGAAGCACGCUCGCCUAAAGUAUACCAUCGACGAUCUCGGUGUCGAUGUCUUCCGCUCUAAAGUGGAGGCUCUAUGGGGCAAGUCCUUCGAGCCGGAGCGUCCAUUCCACUUCAAGAGCAACAUCGACACCUUCGGCUGGCAAAAGGAUGAGACUGGCAUGAAUCACUUCACCUUCUUCAUCGAAAACGGCCGUAUCGAGAACACGGCCGACUUUCAGAUGAAGACCGGUCUGCGGGAAAUCGCCAAAAUCCACAAGGGCGAGUUCCGGUUGACGGGAAACCAGCACCUGAUCAUGAGCAAUGUUGCCGACGAGGACGUUCCGCGGCUGGACGAGCUCAUGAAGAAGUACAAGCUUGACAACAUCCAAUUCUCCGGCUUGCGCCUCAGCUCGUCGGCUUGCGUCGCUUUCCCGACCUGCGGUCUGGCGAUGGCGGAGAGCGAGCGGUACCUCCCCGAGCUCAUCACCAAGCUUGAGGGUUGUCUCGAGGAGAACGGCUUGGGGAAGGAGUCGAUCGUGAUGCGUAUGACGGGGUGCCCCAACGGGUGCGCCCGACCGUGGCUGGCAGAGGUUGCCUUCGUCGGCAAGGCUUUCGGCGCCUACAACAUGUAUCUGGGCGGCGGGUACCACGGCCAGCGCUUGAACAAACUGUACCGCUCCAGCAUCAAGGAGGACGAGAUCCUGGCCAUCAUGAAGCCUCUACUCAAGCGGUACGCGCUCGAGCGCGAAGAGGACGAAAAGUUUGGUGAUUUCUGCAUCCGAGCGGGAAUCAUCGUGGCCACGAAGGAGGGGCGAGAUUUUCAUGAUAAUGUUGCCGAGGAAGAUUUGGAAGACGAAUGA